CAAGACAGCUAGGUCUUAUCGAUAAUCUCCUUCUGAGGACAUGGGGGACAUGCAAGGUCACACUAUAGAUCUGAAGGCUUCAUUCCGACUCUGGUAGUUCAGACAAAUCAACAGCCAAAUGCAACAUGGAAGGCACGAAGUUAAAUGGGGAAAGUUCGAGCGACGACCCCAAGGACUUUGACGACAUUCUUGUACUGAUCGGGGAGUUUGGAACCUUUCAGAGAUUAAUUUACACUUUACUGGCGUUAGCCUGUAUGUUGCACAGUGUCAUUUACGUUGCAGUUGUUUUCAUAGAGGAAACCCCUGGCCACAGAUGCAAAAUCCCUGGGCUUUUGAAUGAUACAAACAACGUUUCUAUACCGAAUGAAACUGGAGUUGCGACACAGCAGUGCACAUUUAUACAAAAUGUCAGCCACCAAGGGGACUACAGUCAAGACAAGACGGAACCGGAGCCAUGCACGGAAUGGGUGUUCGAUACAUCAACUGUAACAUAUUCUUACCCAAUGCAGUUUGGCCUCAUUUGUACCGAUUCUUUAAAACUGACUCAGUCUCACAUAAUGUUAAUCGCCGGGUCGAUCGCGGGUGCCCCAGUUUUUGGAUCCAUAUCUGAUAGUUUAGGCAGACGAUUUUCGUUGCUGCUUUCUCUGAGUGUUAGCAGUGUCCUGGGACUGGCGUGGGCACUGACACCCUCAUAUCUAUGGGGCAUCAUAAUUAGGUUUGUCUACGGGUUGACGUCAGCGACAAUUAACAGUGUGGGAACUACGGCUGUAAGACACUCAAAAGAAGGGUGA